CAUCAUGGACAAACGUAUAUUGGCGACAGCUGUCGUCUUGUUGGUGCUCUCGCUGCUAAGCCUCGGCGAGGGGGCGCGAAUUUUGGGACUGGUCCCCCUGGGCCAAUCUCACAACAUUAUGGGGGUGGCGUACAUGAAAACAUUAGCAGCCGCUGGACACGACGUUACGGUUCUAACUCCAACGGCGCAGAAAAACCCGCCCAAGAAUUACCGGGAGAUUUUGCUGACCGGCAUGUUGGAGUCGCAAGCGAAGAAUGAACAAAAUCUGUUCAAGUUCAAAGGAUCUGGACCAGUAUCAGCUGGGAUUAUGAUGAUGUUCCUGUAUAAAUUGUUUCCCGAGGAAAUUUGUAAGUUCGUUUUGGAGCACCCAAACGUGAUAAAACUGUUAGAGUCAGGUGAAAAAUUCGACUUGGUUCUUGCGGAAUCAUUCGUAGCAGAGUCUUUGUACGGAUUUGCUCAGCAUUUCAACGCUCCCUUGAUAACCUACUCGGCGUUUGGAAACUGCAUGUGGACCAACGAUCUGGUGGGAACUCCAGCGCCAUCUUCCCAUGUGGCCCAUUUCUCCCUUACCCUAACCGACCGGAUGACCUAUUGGGAGCGGAUGUUCAACAGUGCCUGGACCCUAUUGGAUCGAGCUUACUACAGUCUGUUUUACUUGCCGGAACAGAAGAAACUCUACGAGGCUACCUUCCCUAAUCCGCAGCUGUCCUUCGAUCAGCAGAUGAAAAAUGUAUCGUUGGUGUUUUUGAAUCAACAUUUUAGUAUCAGUAGCCCCAGGCCAAUGGCAACCAACAUGAUCGAGGUGGGAGGAGUUCACAUUGAUGACCCGAAACCGCUGCCGAAGGACCUCCAAACCUACAUCGACGAAGCCAAGGACGGCGUGAUCUACUUUUGUAUGGGAUCGAAUCUUAAAUCCAAAGACAUGCCAGUCGAAAAGCGCGAUGCCUUCCUGAAGGCAUUUUCCAAACUAAAGCAACGUGUUCUGUGGAAAUUUGAGGACGACACCAUCCCCAACCAACCUCCAAAUCUAAAAAUACAAUCCUGGAUGCCCCAAAAUGACAUCCUGGCUCACCCUAACGUUAAAGUUUUCAUCACCCAUGGAGGUCUCCUGGGAAGUACCGAGUCCAUCUUCCACGGCAAACCCAUGAUUGGGAUCCCGAUCUUUGGGGACCAAAUGAUGAACGUCCAAAAAGCUGUUCAAGCUGGGUAUUCCGUAUUUUUAGACUACGAUGACAUCUCAGAGCAAACAGUAUCAGCUGCCAUCAACGAAGUCCUAAACAAUCCGGCCUACACCCAGAAGGUUCAGCAGAUUUCCCAAAGAUUCCGGGACAAGCCGAUGACUCCGCGGCAAACGGUCACCUACUGGGUGGACUAUGUCCUAAGGCAUCACGGAGCACCGCACCUGAAAUCUCCGGCCGUAGAUCUUUCCUUCUGGCAGUACCAUUCGUUGGAUGUGCUGGCGACGUUCCUGGCAAUUUUCAUAGUCAUUUUAGUUUUGGAAGUUAUGAUUGUUAAAGCAAUACUUAGGAAAAUUUUCCGCAAAAAAUCGAAAGCGGACAGUAAGAAAAAGCGCUCGUAAGGCAGUUUGUGUGCUAAACAUUGAUUUUAGUCUUAGAAAAUUAACUGUGUUCAUAAAACAUAAAUUUUUUAAUAAAUCAUACAAAUAAAGAGAACCAUUGUAAAAA